AUGAGCCUGCCACUCAACCUUGACGGACCACCGGCUGGCGGACAGACGCAGACGGGCAACACAGCGAUGAACCCAAUUGCAUAUCACCUAGGACAGGGGGCAGGGAUGUUCUCGGCCGGCACGCUGCCGCCGGGGAUGCUGGCGAACGGGAUCGGACAGGUGGCGCACGGGGCAGCACCGAUGCCCCAGUCACAGCAGCAGUCGACAGCCACGCUCAUGCAGCAGCAGCAUCAGCAGCAUCAGCAGCAGCAACAGCUGCUGGGUUCAGUGAAUGGCGGAUGGGCAUUCCAUGCAGGGGCGGGCGUAGCUCAGCCAGGCAUGGUGCAGCAGCAGAACCCGCUAUUGGCCCAGAUUGCCAUGGCCCAGCAGGGUGAGACGCAGGUCCCGACGGCAGCGAUGAUGGCGGCAGCUGCAGCGUCGGGGCAGCUGCCGUACACACUGAUGGCGCAGCUGCAGCGGCAGCAGCACUUGGCCGACUCCACCGCCCCAGGCACAGUCAGCAGCGCAGCAUCGGCAGCACUCAGCACACCGGCCCUGGCGACCGCUGGGCUGCCGCUAAUGCCUCAGACAGUUCCGGGGGUGCCAGCUGCCAGCCCGGCGCUCAGCACGGCGACGCGCAAGUCCAAGGGGUCGCCACGGAUAAGUAAGCGGGCGCCCAAGGAGUCGAAGCGCAAGGCCGCGGCCAAAAAAGACAGCGAGGCUAUGCCGCCGCCUGCGGGAAAGCGCAGCGUGCCACCAACCACCAAGCGCUCGCGCACCAUGCCAGUGGUCCCUCAGCAGCUGGCGGUUGACACAUCAGCACCGGGUGGUGUGCUGGCCAGCGGAGCCAUGCUGCCGCCCGCCAUGCCCAUGUCGGCGGGCGUUGGCGGGCUGCGUGCGUCGAAUCCGCUGGCGCAGCAGCCGCAGCAAAGCCAGCAGAUUCCGCAGGCGCUGUCCAGGACCAGCAGCCGGCCGCCAGUGGUGCCAAUGGCUCCAGCGCCUAGUCUGCCGCGGCUGACGGCGCAGCAGGUGCUGGGCUCGGGCAUCGAGCGGCUGCUGUCGUUCCACAGCCGACUGUCGGCGGGGGCAGGCACGCAGACCGAGGGGUUCUGGCAGGCGGCCAUCCGCGACCACUUCACGGGCCGAGCCAACAUCCGCAUGGAUCUGGGGCAGCAGGCGUACGACAUGCCGAUUGAGACGGCCGCGCGGUUCUACCACCAGCUGUUCACCGAGGGCAAUGCGACGGCAAUCCACGUGGCCCUGGGCGACGCCAGCGUUCACUUGGUGGACCGCGCAUCGUCCAUAGUGGCCUUCCACGGCGUGCUGGUCACCACCGCCUAUGCCAACGGGCGCCGCGUGGUGGAGACCGGCGACCUGCGCGUGAUCUUCGACCCGGCGUUCAGCAUCCACCUGUGGGCGUUCAGCGCCGCCGACUCGACGAUCCUGCUGCCGCGCAAGCGCCCCAGCGGCGCCGACGACGCGAUGACGCGGUCGGCCGACGCGACCAUCAUGCGCAACCUGGCGUGGCCGCGCGAGCUGCCGCCGCCGCGUCGCCGCAAGUCGGCCCACGGCAAGCAGCCGCCCGACGAGUGCAGUCUGCCGCCGUGCUCCAUGCAGCACCUGGAGAUGGCCAACAUCAUGUACUUGCUGCGCGACCUGGUGGCCCUGCAGAUGCAGUUCCCACACGAGGACAAUGUGCUGGCCAAGUGGGCCGAGAUUGUCGGCCCCGAGCCCUACGUGCCGCCGGCGUCCGCCGCCAAGCUGCCGCUGCCGCCGCUGCCCCAGCAGACCGAGAAAAAGCCCCGCAUCCGCCGCAAGUCCGUCCCGGCCAUAGCCCCGGCCAAGCCGCCAGACUUCCAGCAGUCGUGCAGUCCCAUCCCCGAAACCAUCCCCGUGGUGCCCAUCAAAUCCAAGUCAUCGGUGACGUCGACCGCCACUGCUAGCAGUUCCCGCGCGGCCCCCAAAAAAUAA